UUGAAGGAAGGAGAAGGGAUCAGGAGCGGGAGCUGAGGGGAGGGAGAGGCCGGUCUGUGUCUGGGCGCUACCGCUGCUCGCCCGACGUCUGCAGGCCGGGCUGCGGCUCUGUCUUCGGCUCCCGGGCACUGUCUGCGAGGCUCCGCCGGGCCAGCGUGAGAGAGCCGCAGGCGGCGGCCGCCGCAUCAUGUCAACCAAGGACGAGCGGGCCAGGGAGAUCCUGAGGGGCUUCAAACUAAAUUGGAUGAACCUUCGGGAUGCUGAGACAGGGAAGAUACUCUGGCAAGGAACAGAAGACCUGUCAGUCCCUGGAGUGGAGCAUGAAGCCCGUGUUCCCAAGAAAAUCCUCAAAUGCAAGGCAGUAUCUCGAGAACUGAACUUCUCUUCAGCAGAGCAAAUGGAAAAAUUCCGCCUGGAACAAAAAGUUUACUUCAAAGGGCAAUGCCUAGAAGAAUGGUUCUUCGAGUUUGGCUUUGUGAUCCCUAACUCCACAAACACCUGGCAGUCCCUGAUAGAGGCAGCGCCCGAGUCCCAGAUGAUGCCAGCCAGCGUGCUAACCAUGGCACUGCUUUCAUCUCUCCUUUUUUUGGAAUGUGAACCUGCCUCCAUGAUGGGAAGAAAGACAUUUAACAGACCACAGGAUCACAGCUAUAUUUUACUCCAGAGAUCCGACUAAUAGAUCUCGCGGUUCCUGAGUUCUUCAGUUGCUGCUUUCCAAGAAGGUACAACAUACCCGAACAGGACCCAGACCUUAACAUUUGUCUUUAGAUAUGAUAUUUAGUGGUUCUCUUCCACAACGUAUGUGCACCCUCUGUUUGUAUUGUUUUUAACUUUUUCCCUUCGUUUAUAAUGUGCAUUUGUUCAAGAGAUUUCCAGAAAGGUUAGAAGUUCUAAGUUGGUAGAGUAAGGACUCUUACAUUCCUAAAUGAGAGACUAGAAGUUACAAAAUGAAGAAAAGAUCUCCCUAAACUCAACUGGAAAACAAUGGGAAAGCAUCUGGGAUGGGGUGGGAUGCUGGAAGACCUUAAAAUCCGUGGUCAGAGAAAGCCUGUGUGGGGGAAAAGUGAUUAUAUCUACAGUGCUUUCAAGUCUGACAAUUGAAAGAAAAAUAAAAAGGGUUCUUUUUUUAGGAACUUACCUCUGUGAUACCAGUAGCCUUCACUGUCCUUUAUAAACUACCAACAAUUAAAAGUUUUCUAGUUCCUCAAGUAGUAAGGUCUAAGGCCAGAGGAGGGAAAACACCAAGAGAUGGGCCCUCCUUGGUAUUGCCCCUGCUCCCAGAUCCCUGCUCUCCUUCCAUCUGUUACCACAAAGGGCCUGUGUGCAUCUGUGGGUGGAGUGGACCUGUCUCCUUCCCUUUUCCUGGACUAUAUCUCCUCCCCAGAGUCCCAUCAGGGAAGGCUCUCAGGGGCCUGGACACAUUCUGAUAGAAAAAGGACUUCCCAGGGAAGGUUUCUCCACCUGCUUAGACCUCCUUCACUGCCCUUCUCCACCUACUCACCCAGCCAGCACUGUCAGGGACACAUGUCUUUACUAGCCACUAUGAGAAAAGCAGAAAGAAUCCUAGCCCAGUCAUUCUUAGAAGCUUGCCAUCUCUCCAGGUACAUGUGCUCAGGAAAUAUUGAUCAUUUUAUCAUGAAACAAGCAAGGCAAAAAAGCAUGUGCUUCAGGAACAAUGCCAAUCAAGGAGUUCCAAGCAAGGGUGGGAUUUGAGCUGAUGGGGAGGAUGGCUGAAUGCUAUGGUGGGAGGAGAAGGGAGGUGGUACAGGCCAGGGAAUAAGUCAGGUGAAAGGAAAGGGCACAGGAGCUGCAGGGACCAGGGCCCUUGGUGGGUUAAUGUCAGUCUUUGCAGGGUGGCUGCUGGUCCAAAUGCCUGAAAAUCUGGGGAGGGAGUUGUGGAUACAUUAAAGGCCACAAAAUGUUAUUGUAAGGAGAAGCAUUGAGAUCAGGCCUGGCACCGUGCACAGCCACUGAUUCUCAAGCAUUUAUGGGCAUCUGCCAACCCCCAGAGAUUGUGACUUAGUAGUUGUGGGGCCCAGAGAUCUGCCUAUGAAUGCACCCUGCAUGAUUCUGCCACAAGUGGUCUGUGGACCAUACUUUGAAAUACUGGUAGAGGCAUUUAGCAAAUAUUAGAGACAUACAUAUGUAUACUGGUGGCUGUAAGAUAAACUGAGAUCUCCAAGCAGCAUGCUUAAGGGACAAAGGACGGUCCCAGUUCUGACCUAUGCAAGUGAGGGGAAGCGUUCAGUUCCUCAGGGCAAUCAAGAGGAACUUCAGAGUCUUUAGAGGAGAGGACAGAAAAAUCCCAGGCAGCAUGGCCUUUGAGAAAGACUUGGGAGAACUUAGAGACUCCUUUAAACAUAGAUUUCUGUUUAGAGAGUUUUGGUUAAGGUUUCCUGUGUGAUGUGAGUAAACCGUCUCGUCCAUCUUCCCAUCUGUGUCACUGGCCAGUGUGUUGGGUAACUUCUGUGAUGGAGCACCUGGUGAAGCACUGAGCCUGGCCCUAGCUGGGCAUGAGGAGGUGGAGGAAGCACAGUCAACCAGAGGGGAUCUAGCCGCAUUCAGGCCACACUUACACGCCUGUUAUGUGUAUCAGUAAGAUGUUGUGCAAGGCACAGGCCUGCCUUUCCUGAGCUUUGUCUAGUUGCGCAGUUAUAAGUACCUGCCAUAAGAGUAGGACAAGGUGGGCAUUUAAAGGAAGGAGAGAUUACAUGCAGUUCAGAAAAAUCAGAAAAGCCCUCUUCUCUGGAUCCUUCAACUCUCAGCCUACAAAAUAUGUUCAAGUUGCCCUAAAAAAAAUAAAUUUUAAAAAAUUAGGCUUUCCUUGGGGACGUCCCUGGUGGCCCAGUGGUUAAGACUCUGCACUUCCAAUGCAGGGGGCCCGGGUUCCAUCCCUCGUCAGGGAACUAGAUCCCACAUGCAUGCUGCAACUAAGAAGCGUGCCUGUUGCAACUAAGACCUGGUGCAACCAAAUAUAAACAAACAAACAAGCAAAUAUUUUAACAAGUAAAUAAAUAAGGCUUUCCUUCAAUCCUGCAUGGCCUUCAGCUCCUGCUCCAUCCUUUUCUUUCCCUACAGAUUCAAACUUCUCAGAAGUGUCUCCACUCACUCUUUGCACUCCCUACCUAUCAUUUACUACUCAACCCACGGCUGUUUGGCUCUGGCCUGUGACCUCCUCUCCUUCGAGGCAUCAGUGAAUUCCACUAAGCCCACUACCCCUGUCCAGUCCUUGCUUUAUCUGCUGGGAUUCUGGGAACCCCUUUCCUGAGUGUCUCCUCCUUGCUCCUUUGCAGGCUCUUCAUUUUCUUCCAGCUGCCUUGUUCCUAAAAUGUUUGUUGGUAGAUUUGGGAUUUUUUUUUUUUUUUUUUUUUUAGCUAUUAUAUAUUGAGAACAUGCUGGUGCAAAUUCUUUCUUCUUCUUCUCCUCCUUUGCCGUGCCUUGUGGCAUGCGGGAUUUUAAUUCCCCGACCAGGGGUCAAACCCAUGCCCCCUGCAGUGGAAGUUCCGAGUCCUACCACUGGGCCACCAGGGAAAUCCCACUUGUGCAAAUUCUUUAAGCAUUAUACAUUCACUCCAUGCCUAUUUAUUGAGCACUUUUUGUGUACCAGAUACUGUUCUAAGUGGUGGAGACACUUGCUGGACAAGAUGAGUGAAGUCCUACCAUUAGAUUCUAAUGAGAGGAAACAGAAAACAGAUAAUUUCAGAUAGUAAUCAAUGCUCUGAAGAAAACAGGACAGUGCAAGGGCAGCGUGUCUGAAAUGAGGAGGUAAGGAAACGGAAAGAAGUCAGCAUUCAGCUUUUGACCGCAAAACAGGAUUGACAAUUCCCCAGCAAGCCAACAGUCUGGAAAGCCAGGCUUUACUCAAAGGAAGAGUUUUCUUAAGUCCCUUAACCUCUCAUCUCCAAAGUAAGAGCCAGAUGUGCCACACUUGAUGCUACAAAGAACUCAGAGUAUGACAGGGAAGGCCCUGCCUGUGGGAGGAGUAACAGCCUGCCCCUUCCAUCUGAGGAAGGAUGGAGAGGAGGAAGCAGGGCAAAGGGUCCGGUGCUGAUGUCCUCGCUCUCCUUCCCCCAGGCCUGGAUGGAAGGGCUGGAUAGAAACAUCUGCCCAGGUGUGGGGGAAAGAUGAGAACUUCCUGGAGGUUGGCAGGGAGAGUGGGCUGCCCUGCAAUCCAGUAGACGGAGGCUUCAUAACCAUCUCCCACAUCGUGUC